AUGAGUGUAUCUGCCACAUUUUUAUCGCCAUUCAAUGGUAAAACAAUUGUACUCGAGCUCGGUCGUGAAAUAGGAUUCAAGGCUAAGCAAGAGUUGAUCAACUAUUUACGAGAACAGCAAGCACGUAUUUCAUACAUACUUACUGCUAGUACUGACUACAUAUUUGUUACGAAUAAUUUCGAUAGCUACAAAGUCCGUCGUGCAAAACAACUUGGCUUACCAUUGGUCAAUGUUGAAUAUGUAUAUGAAUGUCGACGUUUACAGUCGGGUCAAACGCCAAUUGACAUUAGCAAAUUUAUUGUCAAAUCAGUUGAAGAUCAGGAGAAUUUUACAAAAACAGGCACUAUUCCCAUUGCAGGAUCCCAGGCAACUAGCAUUAAAGCUAAUCGUUUUGAUUUGAAUAAAGUAAAACUAUGGAAUGCAGACGAUGCUGAUUUGCCUCGUUUUGAUGAAUUGACACAUUGCGAAAUAGCCAAAUGGGCCAUUUUUAAAGAAACUAAUGACAAUUCAGAUGUAUUUUUUGUUCUUGAACUUCAAGUUAUUCCUGAACAAUAUUUUGAUCGAGCAAUGACAGAUUAUCGACUACGGUUUCGAUACGAAAAGCAGACUAUUGUUAGUCAAGGACAAAAGCAAGAUAAUAAAGUAUUGAUACAAUAUGCAUUCGGUGAUGAACCCAACGAACAACAACAAUUAUUUGCAUCAUACUAUUAUCGAAUAGCUAAAAUGCCACGUGUAACACGAAUUCGUGAAAUGUUACCAGAUAAGUUAGGAUCAAAACUAUUACUACGCUCUUUAUUUGCUAAUCGCAUUGAUACACAAAUACUCGAUGAUAACGUAUGCCAAUUGAUUGAAUCGGUUUGGUUAGAAUCGAUCGGUGAUUUGAAUAAAAUAUUGAGCAUAUUACCUGAAUCGAUUACUCUCAAAACUAUCAUUGAAGCUGAGGCUGCACUACUUGAACUCAAAUCAACGAAUGAUCCUGCUGCUGCGCUUCGUUUCUAUACACUUAUUCCGCAUCGUGCGGAGUAUAAGGUUGAUCUCGUAAAAAAUCGUCGAGCGUUAACUGAAAAAAUUGACUUAUGUCAGUUACUCCGAGAUAUGCUCACAGUCAAUGAACUAACCAAUUGGAAUAUUAAAGCUCCAAUCGAAGCAAAAUAUCGAGCAUUGAACUGUCAUAUUGAAAUGGUCGAUAGUUCAACACCUGAAUUUAUGAAUGUUGCCGAACAUAUUCAAUCGUCAACAGAUAAUGGUGAAAAAAUCGUUAUUCAUCAAAUAUUCAGCGUAGCCAAGCAAACAGAUGCACUCAACUUUCGAACGUCAUUAUCUAAUCAACAGCAACUAUUUCAUGGAUCAAAAUAUGCCAAUUUUCUUGGAAUUCUUUCACGUGGUUUGGCCAUGCCAAAAAUGGUAGUAGAAGAAUUAGGUGUUGUCCGUACUGAUAUUGGUUGUCUUGGUUAUGGAGUUUACUUUUCUGACUCUGUUUCUACGUCGCUAAAAUAUACGACAGCUAGCACAACGCGACCAGGUCGACGACUAUUAUGUGUUUGUCAAGUCGCCCUAGGUGAAUCAGCGAAUUAUUAUUCAUUUUCACCGACAAUCACCAAACCUCCUGAUGGUUUUCAUAGCACGCAUGGUGUCAAACGAACGGAAGAAAAUCGUUCCAUGUUUAGCGACAAUGAAUAUGCAAUUUAUCAACUCGAUCAACAACGUUUACUCUACAUUGUGGAAGUUUCAUGGAUACCAAAUGAUAGUAUCAAUAUUGCACUAGAACGUUUACCCGUUGUCCAUCAUGAGCAACAUGCAUUAAAACUCAGUGAACAUGUCGAAGUUCCCUUGACAAUUGAUGAUGAAAUUAUUGAAGUAGCCGAACAAGACUAUGGUUUAGUAUGUCCAUCAUCGGGAAAACUUGUACCACUGAAAUCAUUUCAUAUUCGAGCUCAAAUCGUUGAUGCUACAGUUGAAGUUGUUCUCUAUCAAGUCUAUCAUAAUACGAGUUCGACACCUAUCGAAGCUAAAUAUGUGUUUCCACUUGAUGAAAAUUCAACUGUAUGUGGUUUUGAAGCACAUAUCAAUAAUAAAAUUAUUAAAGGUGUAGUCAAAGAGAAAGAACAAGCCAAACAAGAAUACCGAGAAGCAAUCGAAAAAGGCCACGGUGCCUAUUUGAUGCAUCAGGAGCAGGCUCAAGUAUUCAGCGUAGCUGUUGGUAACUUACCAGCCAACAAUGAAGUCAUUAUCAAAAUAACCUAUGUUGCCGAAUUAGAAAUCGAAAAUGGCGAUAUUAUCUUUCGACUUCCAGCAAAAAUGGCUUCAUGGCAAUCGAAACAAGCCAUUGAAGCAAAAGAUCAAUCGACUGUACGAUCUAUUGAUAUUGUCGACGAAAAAGUCGAAUUCAGUUUCAAAACAUCUAUUCUUAUGCCCUAUGAAAUAACCAAAUUGUUUUCGCCGACACAUCGUCUUCGUCGAAAGCUGACCGACUGUAUGGCCAUGGUCGAACUUGUCGAUAAUGUUUUACUCGAUCGAGAUUUUGUUCUUUCGGUAACACUUAAAAGUGCUAAUUUGCCUCGAAUAUCAAAUGAAACAUGGGCAUUAGAUGAUAACAAUGGAACAACAACAUCGAAGAAUCGCGAUUCUGAAGCAUGUUUACUUACUUUCUAUCCAAGAUUCGAAACAUUAUCGAUGUCGAACGAAACAGUUGAAAUCGUUUUCAUUGUCGAUGUAUCGAACUCAAUGGAUGGUAGCCAUGUUCAACAAGCUAAACAGCUAGCUCAUUUAUUUCUUACUAAUUUGAAAGUUGAUAAUAAAAAUACAUAUUUCAAUGUAGUUACUUUUGGGUCAGAUAAUGAUGAAUGUUUUCCAAUUUCAACACCAACCACAAAAGAGAACCUAGACAAAGCCAAACAUUUUGUUCUGCAUUCACUUAUUCAUCGUGGUAAUACAGAUUUAUUAGCUGUUCUUCAUCGUUACUCAUUACUACCAUCUUUAUCGUCGUCGAAAUCGGGUCGCCAAUUUAUUCUUUUAUCUGAUGGACAUAUCCAUGAUGUUAAUUCGAUUAUUGCUCUACUUGAACAUCGACCAACUAUGCGUUGUGAUCGUUUAUUUGCAUGUUCAAUUGGGAAUGUUGCUAACAAGCAUGGCUUGAAACAGUUAACUCGUGGGAUACGAGGAGGUGGUCUAGUAACAAUAUUCGAUUCGAACUAUCGAUCGAAGUGGAAAACAAAAGUAUUGGAGAUCCUCGAACAUACCCGACAACCAUGUGUUACAAGUAUAUCGAUUGAUUGGCAUGGUGGUUUGGACGAAGGACAAAAAUUCAAUAUGCAAGCGCCAAAAAUGAUCCGAUCUUUGUUCGAUGGAAUGCGACUCAGCGUCUAUCGAUUUAUACACAAUUGUCACAAAGCAACAUUAACGGCGACUAUCGAUGGGCAAGAAUUUGUUACUACUGUAUUCAGUAGUCCAAUGACAACAACUAGAGGACGUAUUCUACAUUGUCUAACUGCACGAGCGAUAAUUGACGAUUAUGAAAACGGAGUAUUACAUAAAGACGAAAGCGAAAACGAAUUGAUUAAAAUUCAAUGUAAACAAGAUCUCAUAGAUUUGAGUAUUAAUUAUUCUGUUGUCAGUCCAUACACCAGUUUUGUUGCCAUUGAAGAACGUGAUGCCAAAACAGAUCAGUCAACUCUUCAACCAGGCGUUCGUCUCAUCGAUGUUAUGCUUGAUCGAGAUGUCGAUAUAUUACCAUACAUAGAAUGGGAUGGUGAUAAAUCAAGUUUGGCUUUGAUUAAACAGAAACUAAUCGAUGGUCGUGUUUCACUCGAAAGUGCAUCGAUUCUUAGCAAAAAAGAGUCGGUUGUUGAUAUUGAAAAACUUUGUGAGAAAAUCUCCUAUCGAGCAGGUGGUGAUGCUAAAUUCGACAUGAUGAUGUCUAUUAUACGUACAUAUCGUCAUUCAUUAAAUGAACAUGAUAAAGCAAAUGAACUUGAAGAUAAAAUGCGAAACGAUAUAAAGAAUGAGAUGCUCAGCGCGACAACUGAAGAACGACAAGCAUUAGAACAACGAUGUGCAGCAAACAAUUUAAGGAUCACAAUGAACGUAGAAAUUGAAGAACUCCCCGAAGGUGAUGAUCUUAAUCUAUUGGAACAUACUCAAUCACUAGCUGGAUUAAAACAGCUGGCAAAAAACAUGUCCGAUUCGAUAGCCGAACAAAGCCAAUGCAUAGAUCGUAUCGAACUUUCAUCAUCACAAAAGGAGAAAAAGCUACGUCGUGAUAUAGCAUCCAAACCUAUGGUUUCAAAAACGAGCUCAUCGAAACGUCGGUUAAUGCCAAUUGAGUCAGACGAUGAAGGCGAUGAUAUGGGAUUCGGUUUGUUCGACGAUGGCACAUCCUAUUCUAGAUGUGUGAAUAUUCCUUCAGUUGAAGCGCCAUCAGGAUCGCCACAGUUACAGUCGAAAGAAUCAGACGUUGAUCCAUACUCCGAUAUCGAUUUCAGCUGUUUAGAUACUAUGGAUGAGUCUUCCUAUAUCGAUUUUACAAAGAACCUAGAAAUGAUAAAAUCAUCGAAGAAAUCCAGUGAUUUGAAACUAGAGUCAUCAGUGAAACAUAAAAAGGGUGAUUCAAUGAGUGGCAAGGCGACUAUAGGCGCUGCCGGUAGCGGCGGUGGUAGUGGCGGCGGCGAUUUUGGAUCUGUUCGAUUCAUGGACACGCGGAUGUCUUCUCCAACGAGUCAUCUUAUGCCUACCACAAAGAUCAAUGAAAGAUCCCAGCCAAAGUUAAAGGAAAUGCCUAAAAAAGAAGCGAAACAAGAGAAGAAAAUACGAAUUCCUGCGCCACCCAUAAUACCUCCACGACUACGUGAAGUUACUGCUUGCGCUUCAAAAUCAUUGGAACGAUGUCAAAGCUCAUCAAAAUCUACUGCUUCAGCAGCGCAUUAUUUUGGCGGUAGCCGUAAAACAACUACAGGUGAUAUUUUAAGUUAG